UAACCCUGCGCGCUGGCAUAUAUAACAAGAGCUCCAGCCAAUUCGUAAACACAACAGUGUUUGGAAGUGAAUAUCGAGCAAUAACAUGACUGAAUUGGCUAUUUAAGAAGAAACUUUAAUUUAUACCUCCUCAACAUGAAGCGCCUUUACCUGGUGGAGCCGGUGGUGGCUCUGUAUGCUUUUAGCAGUUUUCUCAUCUACCCGCUGGUCCAGCAGUAUGUGUACAGGAGGCUCUGGCAGCAGCUGACCAACACUCCCUAUCCCGUCUCAGACAACACCUCCAGAUGUGCUCCAAGUAACAGCAGCAGCAACCAGACUGACUUCCAUAAGGAGGUGCAGAAGCAGGCGUCUCUUUUCUCCCUUUACUCGGAGCUCCUCUCCACAAUCCCAUCUUUGAUCGUUACUCUGGUUCUGGUGGCCUAUAGCGACCGGGGCGGACGCAAGAUCACCAUCAUUAUGCCUCUGAUCGGCAUGCUGAUUUAUACCGGCGCCUUCCUGACUGUGUCCUUCUUUGAGCUCAACAUCUACCUUCUCAUCGGCUCUUCCUUCCUUAGCUCUCUGUUUGGGAGUAUCAGCACUUUCCUGGGAGGCUGUUUUGCCUACAUAGCGGACUUGUGCCAAGACGACCGGCAGAAGACGCUCCGAAUGGCUGGAGUGGAUAUGAUGAUUGGACUGUUGUCUGGAGUGGCCGCGAUAUCUACAGGUUACUUCCUGAGAGCUGCAGGCUUUAACUGGCCUUUCUUAACUUCGGCCCUGUGCCAGUGUUUGAUCCUAGUCUAUGCAGUUUUUAUCCUGGAGGAGACGGUAAGAAAGACUCCCGCUGAUGGCAGUGAUGUAGACGGGUCUCCCCAGCGCCCUGGGUUGAGACAGUUGAUCUUUGGGCUCUGCCAGAUCUUUGCAAGAGCAAGCUACAAGUGUAAAUUAGUUUUAGCCCUCCUGGUGAUCAUCUUCACCAGCUUCACUUUCAUCUACAUUGGAGGCAUCUCCUUGGUGACGCUAUACGAGCUAAACGAGCCCCUGUGCUGGACUGAGAUUCUGAUUGGCUAUGGCGCAGCACUGUCCACCACGGUGUUCCUGACCAGUUUCCUGGGAGUGUCGGCGUUCACAUACUGUGGAGUCCCGCAGCUGCUGAUCGUUGCGUUGGGGAUCCUGUCUGUGCUGUCAGGACUGAUCAUGAUGGCGUUUGCAAAGACCACAGUUCUGAUGUUUUUAGUAAGGAUCCCCAUGCUGCUGUCCAUAAUGCCUUUCCCUGUUCUCCGCUCGGUAAUGUCAAAGAUCGUCUCCAAGUCUGAGCAAGGAGCCCUUUUUGCUUAUCUUUCCUUUCUGGAGAGUUUAUUUAACAACGUUGGAUCUGCGGUCUUCAACAGUAUCUAUGCUGCCACGGUGGGGUGGUACCCUGGUUUUGCCUUCCUCUUAGCUGCGGGACUCUGUGUCAUUCCUUUAUCUGCGAUUGCUGCAGUGGCUUUCAUCGGAGUGGAUGUUUCCACUGAACCCAUAAAGUCAGAAGACGGAACCUCCGAGGAGGACGGCCAGCCUGAGAAGGACGACGACGACACCAGUCCUCUUCUAAGCUCUCCUUCUGUUAACACCUGAGCUGUACAUUGUUAACGUAUUUAUAUUUUAAGUAUGUCAGUCACUUUUUGAUGCAGUGCUUCUUCUUUUUGCAGCAACUUUGUUGCUCGGCAUCAGUUUUAUUUUUCAUGGUAAAUCCCAUUGAAUUAGAAAUGUCCAUUAAUGACAUAUGCUUAAGAAGGAGAACGUGAGCUUUUUCAGGGGAAUAUAUGUGUGCUGCGUCAUUUGAUUAAUUCAUAUACGGUGUAUUUAAGUGUUUAAUAAUUCCACUUUUUAACUGUUAGCUAUUUUUUGGACAAUUUUCACCAAAGUUCUAAAGCUGCCUAAUUUUCAUACAGUUUGAAGUAACUGAUUUGAUUACAUCCGUUGACUUUUUACAAAUAACUUAUCUUUCCCACGCUUUGAACCAUGUGGCUUAUAGCCUUGUGCGGCUUAUACAAGUACGUUUCCAGUUUGUUGGGUUUUUUUUAAAUGAACUUUGUGGGUACGGCUUAUAGUGAGGUGCGCUCUAUAGUCCGGAAAAUACAGUACUCAAGACACAAACAAUCUUGCCAAAAAUCUUCCCUGUUAACUAAUGCCAAAAUGCUUUGUUGCAGAAUCUAUUAAUCAGACAGUCUUGGGUUAAAAUUGUGUGACUCAUUGUUUUAUUUAAACCAGAAAAGGACCAGACAGUGUAGUUUGACUGAUUGUAGCUGUUUUUUAUUUCAUAUUGUGCAAAUGGACUGUACUUGUGUAGCACUUUAUGUAGUCCAGUCCAGUGGACUCCAAAGCACUUUUUUAUUACAAGCUACAAUCCGACUGGUCAAUCUGCACCACCAUCUCCGACUACCACAAAUAGGCAAGGCAGGAGAAGUGUCUUGCCCAAGGACAAAGUGAGUAAUAGAGUGAGGUUCGAACCGAUACCCUUGAGCCUCUGUCGCCCUUUGUGAAACAUGUUAAAGUGUUUCUUUUCAAAAAUGUGUUACUUUAUCUUUUUGUUGUGUAAAAUUAUGAAAAAUAUCAAAGUAAGUAAUAUUUAAAAAAUGACACUAGGGAAGAGGAAUUAAAAGGGAAACAAUCCCUCGAAUUGUUAACAUAUAUUUGUGUUGAUAAACUAGCAUGUAUUGGGAAGUGAAAAUUUAAUGAGGCAGAAGAUGCUUUUUAUGUUUUUCUAAAGACAACUUGCUCAUUAGGUGAGCAUUUUACAUCUUAAUUAGCAGUGACAAAGAUCAUCACUGAUUAAGAUCAACUGACUGACAAUAGGAACUAGCAAAAUGUGUUUUUUUUCCCCCUGGGAGACAGUGACUUGAAAUGGAAAACUGUUACUAGGGAGCUAAAAUGUAGGUCAGUUGAGGUAUGAGAUAUAUUAGUAAUGUGUGCUUUGUAAUAUUUUCAACAUGGAAUAAAAUCUGUAGAAAUAGGGUUAAGCUUACAGAGACAAAUCCAGGUUCACAAGAAGAGAAUCGAUGCCACAGGACUGAACCUUUGAUUUUAAAUAUUACCAAAAGGUAGACGUUCUAAUUCCAGCUUUUUGUGAAUCAGUUUCAUUGAUAAAAUAGAUUUUUUUUUUUUUUUUUAUCGAAAUGCACUUUAUAUUAGUUAAAGUGUCUUAAUAAAAUGAGCAUACAAUAAAAGUUGUUUAUCUCUUUCAAAAUGUCCAGAAGAACCAAUCGGAGCUGAACUAUUUUUUCAAUGUUGUGUUUGUCUGUUUUCCUCUUUUUGGUAGGAUCUCAGCUGUUGCCAGACACAUUUUGAAGUCGAGUCUGUUCAAAACAAAGCUGGUUAAAAGAGCUUUAAGGAAGGUUUUCUUACAAGCUUUCUUGAAAGCUUUGAAGAUACUGGCAAUAGGCAACUUUCUUGAAAGUUUACAAAAAAGCUGCUUGAAAGAAAAACAUAUAAAAAAUAAAGCCAGUUAAGCUACAGUUUAGGUCUUGUGCCCUGCUAUGCAACUUUGCAUUUUAACCCUUUAAUUAAACUUUUUACAUAGACCUUUGCUCAUCUUGUUCUUUUCAUUCUCAUUCAGUUAACUUUUUCUGGGUGAGUUUUUAUAUGAGCCACUGGGUGUCAGUCUUUGUCCACCCAUAUAGCAAUACUAGCUCUGUUGGUGGAAGUGCUUCUCAUUUGAAAAAUCUCUUUGUCACAUGUUAUCAUGGCCUUCAAAGCUUGUGAGGCUUUUCUUCCAUGACACAAUGUAAGUAUUAAAGUAUGUGUGUUGUAUGGAUGAUAAAUGAGCAAAAGAAAUGUUGUAUUCAAACCAUAAGGCUGUAUAGCUACUUGUUUUCUGCUUGAGUUGGUUAUUGUGGAAACCAAUGGUGUGUAACCACAAAAGAUGAAUGAUGUGGCCUGAAUGCAAUACAGCUCAUUCACGUUAGUCAGCACUGGAGAUGCCACAUAAAGUCAGGUUUUAGCCACACAUGAUGCAUCACAGGAAUAAUACUUAGCUUGGCUUUAAACUGGACCUGUUAAUUUUUAAUGCAGUUGUACGUAUGAGUAGCAAACCACAUCUAACUCUACUUAGAUUUGUUAAAAGGUGGGACAGCUAGAUCAAUCUGAAAACAUGUGCCACAAAGGGGGUGGGGGAAUCUGCCAGUCCUGUGAAUACUGUAAAAGUGAAACAUCCCCUUGAAAUUGAGUGCAAUUUCCUGUUGGACAUUCUGGCUCUAGCUCCAGUCAUGGAAAGCUUAAUGAUGUCUGAUUGUAAUGUGGAGUUAUUUUAUUUCCAUUCUCAGGUUUUGAGAUGUGUGUCUAGAUUGUGAUUAGAAGUUAACACAGAGUUUGAAUGAAGUUCACCACUUGAGGUUAACAACGGGACCUACUGAGGCACCGAACAUAUGGUCUCGACUUGAAUCAGAGAUGGAGGUGUGGUGAGUGGUGAUGAUCGUUUUCAUGGGUUUUCCCAGGGGUAGGAAUCUCUGGCGGAGACGGUCAGGGUGGCUUGUGUCAGUGUGGCGUGCAAAGGGGUCGACGGGGAUUAAAGAGAGAGUUGACGGAAUAUGGUUUUAAGAGGAGGCUGGGGGAUUGAGGGUCUUUUUGGUUUCUGGUUUCCAAACACAGCUGAAUCAGCACUGCAAUCAUCUGUACCACACCACAUCACCAUUGGCCCUUUCUGUGAUGUUAAUCCAGAGAGUGGCUAACAGACCCCUCUCUUUAUCUCGAUUCUCUACAUGUGAAGAUAAUUUGUAAUUAUAUUGCACCAAAUUUAAGUGGCUGAUGUGACUGAAGUGAAGUUUAGAAUGGAACAGCUUUUAUAUCUGGUUUGAUGAUCAGUUGAAGAAUACAAUCCAUUGUAUAGCAAAUUUAAACCAAAUAGACUAUUGUUGAUUUUAAUAAGAGCCUAUGUUGAUGAUGGUACACCAAGUAACCUUUCAGUAUUUACUUGGAGCUGUUUGGAAGCAGACAGCUGCAAUAUCCAAACAUUGAUUUUGAAAAAGAGAAAAAAAAUGUAAAUCCCUUUUUUACGUGGAGAUUUUUUAAACCUUGUUUUACUAUAAAUAUAAACAUUAUAUUUGACUUUUUGUGCUAGAAACCACAACCUUAAAGAAGUAUUUUAUAUGAGCUAUUCCAACAUCUGUCCUUACUUGGUGUCAAAUAAACAUUGAAUGGAAGUCAAAAACUUAAUGACAAGGAAAGGGUAAGCAUGGGCUACAAUUUUUUUAAUGAUAAUCUUUGACCUGGCACUUCUUUAGUCAUCCUCAAGUUAUCCUUUUCUUCACUGUAAUCUUGACGUGGUUAUUGCUGACGUUGUCUUCACCUGCUGGCACAGAUUAGGUAUUGCUGGACUUAUGAUCAAAACCUCACAUGCUUCGUAAAUUCAGAUUUCUUUUCCCCAAAAUUAAUAGCAAACAUCUGUUUAGUCAUCGUAUAUCAUUAGCUUGACAUGAAUGGAGGUGUCGUUACGCCAGGAAGCUGCUCCUAAUUAACGUAAUGCCAUCAUCAAAUGGCAUUAAGUUAAUUUCUCCAGGAUUUGUAGGGAUUUUCAAUCUCUUUCAACUGAGAUUUAAAAUCCAAAGUCUAUUCUUUUAAACGAUCUCCCUCAAUUAACUAUAUUGAGGAUCAAAUGUGGGACUGGAGAAUCUAAAAAGAAUGAAAAUUAAAACAGGCACAUAAACUUUGUUGCUAGUGAAAGGCUCAACAUGAGGUUUGAAUCAGGUGGAAACGAUGCCACAAGUGCAGCUUUGUGCCACAUAGACAGUCCCAGAAUAGAGUGAAGGCCAGGGACAAUAAACCAGUAGUUGGAGGGCAGCCAUUUUCUCUGUUUCUCCCUCCUUUUUUUGUUUUUUAACAGAUAAUGCUGCCGUAUUAGUCUUGUCAUGUUGACAGGCCUGGUAUAGGCAAUAGACAUAAUAAACUAAUUGCCCUGAUCAA